GCAACAUUCUAUUCUUCUAUUCCUUGCAAACGAGCUCCUAAACAUAUGCACAGUUUCGGCGCGCCUUACGUGCCUGCGAGAAAUAACUCGAAAACCUUUGUACGAUCUCAUCAGUCUCAACUGCAAUCAGACCCGUUUCUUCCCCUCCCGGCGCUCUAGCUGUCGAGUAGACAAUUGCAACUCCUCCAACUUCUAGAAGUCGCCAAAGAAUCACAAACUCUGUCCAAACGAAAAAUUGGAUACUCUACGAACCUGCCAUGCGCUGGAGGUUAUAAAUAACCCUCGAUGGAUGAGGGCGCGGAUACCAAAGGCCCUCGUCGCAAAAGGGUUUCGCGGGCAUGCGAUCGCUGCCGGACAAAGAAAGACAAAUGCGAUGGAAUCCGACCGACCUGUUCGGCGUGUCAGGCAUCGGGGCUGACCUGCUCGUACGACCCAAAUGCGAGAAAGCGGGGUUUACCGGAAGGCUAUGUGCGGGGACUGGAGAAGUUAUGGGCGCUGUCGAUAUGCAACAUCGAAGGCUUUGAAGAUACCAUGCUGACGAUGCUGGGGGCCACGGAGCGGGCCAAGGGAAGACGAGAGCGAUUGAUGGCGCUAUGGACGGAUGACGGUUCGUCGGAUAGUCUGCAUGAGGCCUGGAAAUCGAGUCGGGUAUGCGCAGCAUUGGAAAAAAUGUUGUCACCGGGAGAGCUGGAGCAGACGCAAUCGCCGGCGAAGAGGCCGCGGGAGGAGGAAGACGAUGGCGCGUACUAUGGAGCUUUGAGUCGAUGGGGGUUUCGUGUUGGACGUGGUGCGGAUGCGGUGGGAGUUGAAGGUCCGCGAGUUGUUGAUCCAAUAUCACCAUCUCCAAUGGCUAAGAGGCAGAGGCUGUCGUCAGCCACGGAGAGCAGUUUGCCGAUAUAUCCAGACAAGAGGAAUACCGUACAGAGCUUGCAGCUUCCAUCUCACGCGCCUCAAUUGCUCGAGACGUAUUUCUCAAAGACCCAUCCAUGGUUUCCAAUCAUCCCAAAACACAAUAUUUUGCGCGCAUCCUACUUGUAUGCAAAUGGGGCAUCGCAUACAGGAAACCAAACUACGAAUUCAGGAGACCACGCUGCGCUCUGGGCAAUAUUAAGCUAUACAACAGGACAAGAGUAUAGGAAUACUCAGAUGAAUGGGACCUUCAUACAUGACCCUUUGGCUCAAGCUAGAGAAUUCUAUUCCGUCGCACGAAGCCUGAUACCUUCGGAGAAAGAAAAGUUCGACCUCGGACAUAUACAGGCUCUGUUAUUGCUUAGUUUGGUCAACGUGGGGCUGGAGGACUGGACUGCUGCAUGGCUGUUAUGUGGCCAGGCGGCUAGAUUGGCAGAAGCGAUGAAGUUGGCAAAGCAUUUAGAUAGUCGCUCAGACGAUGCGCGGCAACGAAAAGCGGCAUUUAUGGGAUGUUUCAUUAUCGACUCUAUCCUUUCCAUUCGCCUCUCCCGAUCUCCAUGUCUACGAGCAAAUGAUGUAGUUUCCUCUGGGCGUCUUGAAGAAGAUGGUCUCGAGGAAUGGAAUUCUUGGGUGGAUGUCUUACCGUCACGAGCAGCAUUUGAGAGCAUAAAUGCACCUCAUCGCGGCCCUCUACUGGCUCUCAGUUGCUUCAAUCGUCUGUUUGAGCUUACUAGCGUCCUCAACAAGAUUGCUUGGGAUUUCCCCCAGGCGACGAACGCCCAGGUGUUUGUUCAACAAAUACUUAUAGAUCUCACGGCCUUGGAUGACCGUCUUCCAGCAGGUUGUCAUUUAAUUGGCCCCAAGAGUGAUCAUGUCGAAAACACCUCGGCUCUUCUCCCCCACCAGAGCUACCUCUAUAUUGUCUACGCAGCAACACUGCUCUUCCUCUACGUAAGACAGCUGAACCAGGGCCACUUCAUGCAAGGCAAUUCUCAACCUAUCUUUGAGGGCAUCAAGAAGAUCCUUUAUCGCACCCUUGAUGUCCUCUCACAGCACAUGGAAAACUUUCAAGUAUGCGGACUUCCUCCGUUAUUUGAGUUUCCAUUGCGCUCGAUUAUUGAAUCGGUGACAUCCGUACGUUCGAAAUUAGAAACGGCCGGAUUCCCUGUUUCAAAGUGGAUGAAUAUGUUCGCUCAGAAACUUACUGAAUUUGGUCUUCCAUGGCCGGUCUUCAAAGCGUUGGGAGAUUCUCUCUCGAGUCUUCUCUACAACGCAUCUAGCACAUAUCCGUCGAAGCAACAGAGGCCAAUUGGAACCUCUGACAUCGGGGAUCAGUACUAUACUAAUGACUCCAAACUGGUACCCUCGUAUAGCAACAUGCGCGAGCCUAGCCAAACAUCAGCGGACAGCAGGCAUAACCCAGCUACGAACUGGGGUUCUAGCCACAUUCCCAUUCAAGGAGGGAUUUAUAAUGCACCUACUGAUCCUCUCCCCGCAACCAUGGACACCGCAAGCCAGGACCAAAGAGCAGCUGAUAUCCUCGGUAAGCUGAUGGGCGGUGAACCACCACCAUCCGACCCUCACCUUCUCAACCAUCGACCACACCAACUCGAAACACCAGACUCAACCAGCCUCCAACCCACUAUCCCCGACUCCACGGAACGAUUCCCUACCGCCCCCAGAGGAUUUAGCGUCGGCCAAGGAAGAGCCUACAUGACGGACGAGGCAUCAUCAUCCCCAAACGAUCUCGAUUCCAUAUUCAAAGAGCUAGCAUAUCUUGACACCACGGACUGGGCAAAUAGCCGUGAAGAGGGUCUCCGAGAGUUCGGUUUCGUGGACGACAGCACCUUCCAAGCAUUCUGCCAUGACCCCGAUCGCUUAGUCGGAUCACGCCCUCUAGUUUUACCUACGGCCAUGUCAAUUGCAGAUAUCUGGCCUCCACCGGGGUUUUUCCCCGAGACAUUCCAGGGGAAUCCAAAAGAUGGAAUUGCACCGGAAUGAUCUGAAGCAAACAAAUUGCGAAAUUAUAUGGAUAAUCCAUACUUAUGGAGUGAUGGAUUUGUCUUUUCUUUCUAAUUGAACAUAUUCUUUCUAUUUUAUGUAUAACGAAUAUUCGAUUUGACGCAUAUUAUUUUAUUGGCGUAUAUUUGAGAGUGAAUCCUAUCUAUCAUUCAAUAUUACCUGGGAUGGGAAAGAUGAUUAUCUUAGAAUUAAUCAAAUAUUUUCAAUCAGCCUGCAAGAAGUUAAACAACGAAG